ACGAGGAGGAGAGAAAUCUACAUUGACAUAUGUAAAUUAUUAUUAAAACACGCACACACCCGAUCAUCAUGGAUUUCUGUUUAGUCGCCCUAAUUUUAGUGGCGGUGUUAAGCAUCGCGUCCAGUUCCCCAGUGAAUUAUUCAGACGAAUUGGGCGUAAAUCUCGAACCUACGGAAACAUACGAGUACGAGGAUUCGGAUGAAAGCAUACCAGAAAACUCUGCACAAACAUAUCUUAGUCCAACGGCCUUUGAAAAUUUGAAACGAAAAUGUCCAGAACUUAAAAAUGUUGAGAAUACGGGGUUCAUCGAUCUGAGAUAUCACGAGCCAGAAAAAACCUGCUUUCGCAUAGGUACUCAGGGCCCUUGCAAUUCUGGAAUGACCUUUUUCCUCCGAUCCAUAGGGAGCAUUUACGGGGAUUGCGACUGCACUCCGAGAUCCUUGUCAGGACACAGGCUAAAUAUUUAUGACGAAAAGACUGACAAGUGUUACCCGAUAUUUUCGCAGGGAGCAUGUUCUCCCGGUUUCUAUCACACCCUUACGUCGGAUGGAAGGCCAACGUGUUCUGAAAAUCCGUGCUCUUCCCACGGACCGGAAUUUGUACAAAUUAAUGGAACAUGUGCCGAGAUUGGGAAACCAAGUGAAGUAUGUGAAGUUGGGUUCGUUUUCUUCAGAGAGGAAAAAAUAACACCGGGUUGCGUUUACGGAACUGCAUAUGCUCUUCCUGCCGUGGUUAACACGUUGUCUUGUGCGCCUGGAAGCGUGCAAUCUAUCAGUGGACGUUGUGUCAGGGCUGAAACACGCAAAGGAAAAUCAAUUGGAUGAACAAAAAAUAUAAGUAUACAUAUUUUAAUUGAGAUCACGUUUAGACAUUUAUUAUGAUAUUUUGACUAAUUAAAAAUUCUUCAACCGAUUUGUUAAUUGAUACAUAAUUUGAAUUGUACAUUUAUGAAUUCUUAAUGAGUAAAUGUGUUUAUGUGUAUGUAUGUGCAUAAAUGCAUGAAUAUUUUUGUG